UGGGGUCUGCAUAGAGUCACUUGAACACACCAAGAGAAACUUGCUGCCCACGGGAGAAGCAGCGAAGCGCACACUUGGAGCUCUUCAACAAGAGAAGACAAGCUCAGUGAGACAUUUGACAACUAUCAAGAAGCGACUGUAGGAAAAGAUCCAAUCCAAGAUGCCUGCUGCUGGAAACGUCAUGGAGGAGGAAGUGGAGACUUUUGCCUUCCAGGCUGAGAUUGCUCAGCUUAUGUCUCUGAUCAUCAACACCUUCUACUCAAACAAAGAGAUCUUCCUCAGAGAGCUCAUCUCCAACUCAUCAGACGCCUUGGACAAAAUCAGAUAUGAGAGCUUGACAGACCCCACUAGACUUGAAUCCUGCAAGGAUCUGAAGAUUGAAAUCAGGCCCAACCUGCAUGAUCGCACCCUGACCCUGAUUGACACAGGUAUCGGCAUGACCAAGGCCGACCUGAUCAACAAUCUGGGCACAAUCGCCAAGUCUGGCACCAAGGCUUUCAUGGAGGCCCUGCAGGCUGGAGCCGACAUCUCUAUGAUCGGUCAGUUUGGUGUGGGUUUCUACUCUGCCUACCUGGUGGCUGAGAAGGUGACGGUCAUCACCAAGCACAACGAUGACGAGCAGUACAUUUGGGAGUCUGCAGCUGGAGGCUCCUUCACAGUUAAACCUGACCAUGGAGAGCCUAUUGGCCGAGGCACAAAAGUGGUCCUUCACCUCAAAGAAGAUCAGACAGAGUACUGUGAGGAGAAGCGCAUCAAGGAAGUUGUGAAGAAGCACUCACAGUUCAUCGGCUACCCUAUUACACUUUAUGUGGAGAAGACAAAGGAGAAGGAGGUAGACCUUGAAGAGGGAGAGAAGGAAGAGGAGGUUGAGAAAGAUGCCGCCGAGGACAAAGACAAACCUAAGAUUGAGGACGUGGGCUCUGACGAGGAUGAGGACACAAAGGACAGCAAGAACAAGAGGAAGAAGAAGGUCAAGGAAAAGUACAUGGAUGCCCAGGAGCUGAACAAGACCAAGCCAAUCUGGACCCGUAACCCUGACGACAUCACCAAUGAAGAGUAUGGAGAGUUCUACAAGAGUCUCACCAACGACUGGGAGGACCACCUCGCUGUCAAGCAUUUCUCAGUGGAGGGCCAGCUGGAAUUCCGCGCCUUGCUUUUCGUACCCAGAAGGGCUGCAUUCGACCUCUUUGAGAACAAAAAGAAGAAGAACAACAUCAAGCUGUACGUGCGCAGGGUCUUCAUCAUGGACAACUGUGAUGAGCUCAUCCCUGAAUACCUCAAUUUCAUCAAGGGUGUGGUGGACUCUGAGGACCUGCCCCUGAACAUCUCCAGAGAGAUGCUGCAGCAGAGCAAGAUCCUCAAAGUCAUCCGCAAGAACCUGGUCAAGAAGUGCCUGGAACUCUUCUGCGAACUCGCUGAGGACAAGGACAACUACAAAAAGUUCUACGAGCAGUUCUCCAAGAACAUGAAGCUUGGCAUCCAUGAAGACUCUCAAAACAGGAAGAAGCUGUCUGAGCUUCUGCGCUAUUACACCUCAGUCUCUGGAGAUGAGAUGGUUUCACUGAAAGACUAUGUGUCACGCAUGAAGGACAACCAGAAACACAUCUACUACAUCACAGGUGAGACCAAAGACCAGGUGGCUAACUCUGCCUUCGUGGAGCGUCUUCGCAAAGCCGGCCUUGAGGUCAUCUACAUGAUUGAGCCCAUCGAUGAGUACUGCGUCCAGCAGCUGAAGGAGUAUGAUGGCAAGAACCUGGUUUCAGUGACCAAGGAAGGCCUGGAGCUGCCUGAGGAUGAGGAAGACGUGAAGAAGCAGGAGGAGCUCAAGAAUAAAUUUGAAAGCCUUUGCAAGAUCAUGAAGGACAUCCUCGACAAGAAGAUUGAAAAGGUCACAGUCUCCAACCGCCUGGUCUCCUCCCCCUGCUGCAUCGUCACCAGCACCUACGGCUGGACAGCCAACAUGGAGAGGAUCAUGAAGUCUCAGGCCCUGAGAGAUAACUCCACCAUGGGCUACAUGACAGCGAAGAAGCACCUUGAGAUCAACCCUCUGCAUCCAAUCAUCGAGACCUUGAGGGUGAAGGCGGAAGCCGACAAGAACGAUAAGGCGGUGAAGGACCUGGUCAUCCUCCUGUUUGAGACCGCCCUGCUGUCUUCAGGAUUCACACUGGAGGACCCACAGACACACGCCAACCGCAUCUACAGAAUGAUCAAGCUUGGUCUUGGCAUUGAUGACGAUGAUUCUGCAGUUGAGGACCUCAUUCAGCCCGCUGAUGAGGACAUGCCAGUCUUGGAAGGAGAUGAUGACACAUCAAGAAUGGAGGAAGUUGACUAAAAACACUUGGGAGACUCUUUCCAGCUUUCUUAAUUUUUAUUUUUUUAAAUACAUUGCUUCUUCAAACAGACAUUUCACUCUAACACAGUUCUCAUCUCUUAAACAGUAUUAACGAGUCAUUACAAGUUAAUUCAUUGCAUUAAUGUAGGCCACAGUGUGGCUUGGUCGACACUGUAAUAGCUGCUUAUAUAAAACUACUGAUCAUUAAGAGUAAUAUAAAGUCGCUAGGACUUGGAUUUAUCUCUCUUUUGUAACUAUUACAUUUUUUAUGAAAUGCAUUCAAAUUUGUAAUAAAAGAUUAUUUAGAAAUAAGA